AUGAGCGCUUACGCCCGGUGGACGGGUGACGUUGAAGGAGUCGAGGUGAUAGCAAAUGGUGACAAGUUUGAUUACAUUGGCAAGUGCUUUGACGACAAGUGGUGGGUGUCACCGGCAUGCCGCGGGGACCCACGGACUUGCAUUCCCGUCAUCACGGCCGGCACUGGAUGGAAGGCGCAAGCCUUGAUGCACUGGUCGACAGUGUAUGGCAUGCCCACGGCCAUCGGUGUGGCCCAGACAUGGGGCGACUACGUCUCGCUGGUCAACAAUCAUGAGACUAGACCUGCAUAUGCCGUCUCAGUCCCCCUGCUUCCCUGCUUGGGGCCUCCAAAAAAACAAAAAAACACAGACCCUUCAGGGUGUGUUUGCCGGAUCCUUACGCCCAAGGUCAUCCUCUUUUACUGGUGGGUGCCCGAUGCAACCUUCGUCUUGCAGCAGCCGCAUGCAAUCACCUUCCCCCUGCACGUGGCUCAGGACAUUCUGUUGCGGGAAAAGGGAUGUGACGGAUCCUGGUUUUGA